CGGCGCCCGGACGGCGGGCAGCGGCACGGACGGCACGUCUCCGCUCGCCCGGCAGGCUGGCUCUCUCCGGCACCCCCCUCCCGGCUUGAAGCGCCCGCGGCGCCGCCGCCCCGAUGGAGCAGCCCCCGGCGGCGGAGGAGUGGCAAGGGGCGACCCAGAAGAGGAAGGCCUGGGCCAAGAGCCGCGACUCCUGGCAAGCGUCGGAAGCGGAGGAUUUCUCGGCAGCGGCGCUGGCCCGCGGCGAGGAGGAGGAGGAGGAGGAGGAGGAGGAAGAAGAGGAGGAGGAAGAGGAGGAGGAGGAUGUCGGCGGCGGCGCGCUGCCGCUGGCCGCAGGAGCAGGCUGCCACGGCGUUCCCAACGAGAAGAUCGCGAUAUGGCUGAAGGACUGCAGAACGCCUCUGGGAGCCUCCCUGGAUGAGCAAAGCAAUCCUCUAUUGAAGGGCAUGGUGGUGAGAAAUGGAGGAAGUUUUGAAGAUGACUUAUCCCUGGGAGCUGAAGCUAAUCAUCUACGGAGUGAUACCCAAGCAGAAACAUGCGAUGGUGUACUGGCAAAGGACAGGAGGCUGCAGUUCCAUCAGAAGGGGAGAAGUAUGAACUCUACCGGCUCGGGAAAAAGCAGCACGACUGUUUCAAGUGUUUCUGAAUUACUGGAACUUUAUGAGGAAGAUCCUGAAGAAGUGCUCUACAACCUUGGGUUUGGAAGAGAUGAACCAGAUAUUGCUUCAAAAAUUCCAGCGAGAUUUUUUAAUUCAUCAUCAUUUGCCAGAGGGAUAGAUAUCAAAGUGUUUUUGAAUGCCCAAAUACAGCGCAUGGAAGUGGAAAAUCCAAGUUUUGCUUUAACAAGUCGUUUUCGUCAGAUUGAAGUGCUUACUACUGUGGCCAAUGCUUUUUCUUCUUUGUAUUCUCAAGUCUCUGGGACUCCUUUGCAGAAAAUUGGUAGUAUGAAUUCAGUGUCUUCCAGCAAAGAGGCGUCCAGCCCUCCCCCUCUGAAUCGCAGCAACACAGCCAGUCGGUUAAUGAAGACCUUGUCAAAACUCAAUCAGCAAGCUGAUGGCAGCAGCUCUGCAAGUCCUUCGCCUGUUGAGAAAGGGAAAAGUCCAGCUGAAGUAGGGAGUGAAGAAAAUGAUGUUAAAAAUGAAUCUAAAUUGCCAAAACAUCCUAAAAAGAAAGACUGUCCCUCGUUUUUGGCCACUGUAAAGGAGGAGAUAGCCGGCAGUCAGACAAAGGCUGCAAACGCAGAGGGACCUGCGCACCUCCCUGCUGCACAGGAGGGUUCUGUGCCCCCAGCAGAUGGACAGGAUGGCAGGCUGGCUGGUGCCCAGGAUAGACCGUGCGAAGAACCCGGUCUUUUGGACUCGCCAGGGCUCAGCAGCAGUUCCAGUACCUCCGACAGCAGUGUCCUGACACAGAGACUGUCCACAGCAUCGCCAGGUAGAGACCCCUGCGCCCCCCUCGCAAACCCGUCCAUAACGAACCUCAUGCUGCAGCAGAAGGACUCCUUUGAGAUGGAAGAGAUCCAGAGUACAGAGGGGGAUCUACCUCACGUUUCAGCUGCACAUCAGCUAGCAGUGACCAAGUCAAGGAAAGAUCAGCUGUUAAGGACAGCAAGUCAGCACUCUGACAGCAGUGGCUUCGCAGAGGACUCUACAGAUUGUUCUCCAUUCAGUCAGCUUCAGGUUCAGGAGUCUUUGCAGGGCAUGGGAAGCAGUGCUGACAGCUGUGACAGUGAAACAACUGUGACAUCGCACAGUGAGGAACAGAAGACACCGAUAGCCAAGGAACUGCCCUGUUUUGAUAAGUUUGAGGAGGAGGAGGAGGAAGAUGAUGACGAGGAGGCGGAUUAUGAUGAUGAUGAAGAGGAUAUUAUCUCUCAAGUAGAGAGACGAAAUGUAGGGGUAUCUUCUGAUAAGAGAAGGAGUGAAGACAGAAAAAUUAGUGACUGUAAAACUGAACAAAAUCAAGGACAAGAAAGCAAGUCAUCUCAUAUAUCAGAGACAGUCCAAGGAGAGGUCAGCUCUAAAGAGGAAGACAUUUCCAGUGAGCAAAAAGAGUCAGACCUGCUGGAGGAAGGCAGUGUGUUUGAGUUUCCUCAGUAUCACACACACCAUAUCCUCAAGUCGAUGCAGUCUCUGGAAGGUGAUGGCUUCUCCACAUCAUCUGUGGACAGAGUUCAGGUUGCCUUGCAAAGAGCCGAGAUGAGGAUCAUCAGCUCACCUGACUCCAAGGCCAGGUGCACUCUGCUUAAGUCAAAAGAUCUUCUGAGGAAGCAGCGACUCUGGUUUGCUGAAUCGGGCUAUCCUCUAAGGCGCUCUCAGUCUCUCCCAACUGCACUGCUGAAUCCAGUGAAAGUGGUGUCCUCUGUGAAUGUUCAGUUAACUCCAGGAAAAGAGACUCUCUGCAGUCCUCCUUCUUUCACCUACAAGUACACACAAGUGGAGGAGGACAAGGAAGCAGCAUCUGAGAAUGACAGAAGUGAGGAUGAGGCAGCCUCCAGCCAUCCUGUGUGCAAAUCCACACUGUUUAUUGCGCCUUCGUCCUCCAAGAAAGAGGUGCCCCAGGCUGAGGCCAGCAGGCUGCCUGAGGAGCUCAGUCCCACCAGGGUACAGAGCUGCCCCCUGCACAUGCCAGCAGCCAUGUCCCGGUCCACGUGCUCCCUCCAUUCCCUCCCCACCGAGUGGCAGGACAGGCCGCUGUGCGAGCACAUGAGGACGCUCAGCACCCACAGUGUCCCAAGCAUCUCUGGCUCUUCCUUCAGUGCCAUGCUUUCCCCCUUCAGCUGUCCCUUCUUUCCAAGGCAUGGAGUUCCUCAUCGUUCUCCUGCCAUGAACCCACCCUCCACUGUGGAGAUGCAGCUGCGCAGGGUCCUACAUGACAUCAGGAACUCCCUGCAGAACCUCUCGCAGUACCCAGUGAUGAGGGGUCAGGAUCUUUCAGCUGGUUACACUACUCAGAGAUCAUCCAUUCUACCUCUCUAUGAAAAUACUUUCCAGGAGCUACAAGUGGUGAGGAGAAAUCUAAAUUUAUUCAGAACCCAAAUGAUGGAUUUGGAAUUGACUAUGCUGCGUCAACAGACCACGGUUUAUCAGCACAUGACAGAGGAGGAAAGAUUCGAAGCUGAUCAGCUGCAGAGCCUGAGGAAGUCGGUCCGCAUGGAGCUGCAGGAGCUGGAGAUGCAGCUGGAAGAACGUCUGCUGGCCUUGGAAGACCAGCUCAGAAGUCUGCACAUGUCUUCACCUUAUAGACCUCAGGCACACAUAGGUAUGUAUGGAAGCAGAAGUGCUGAUAAUCUGUCAUGUCCUUCUCCAUUGAACGUCAUUGAACCAGUCUCUGAGCUUAUUCGAGAGCAGUCAUUUCUGAAAUCUGAACUGGGCUUAGGACUGGGAGAACUUGGACUGGAAACUCUCCCAGCAGAGGGUACAGAGUCUGUAUUCUCCCAUGGAAACUCAGAUUCCUCUUCAGUGUGCUCUGGUCACACAGGUAGAAAAGCUAAGAGUCAAAACAAGAAGUUGUACAAAGCCUCUGUUGCCUUAACCCCAACUCCCCCUCUGAGAGCAGGCACUGGACAGCCAGUGGAAAGCUCUGAGGAGUUUGCAGACUCCAAGCCAGAGGUGGAGCACAAACUUGAAAAAAUCCCUCUCAUGCCUUCAGUUGAUGAAAUCCACAAAGCAGUGGAGCAGGAGGAGCUGCAACAAGUCAUACGGGAGAUCAAGGAAUCUAUUGUUGGUGAAAUAAGAAGAGAAAUAGUAAGUGGGUUGUUAGCAGCUGUAUCACCCCAAAGCAGAUCUGCAACUGCAAAACAAGAUACACAGCCAUGAAACUGGUACUACAGGCUGGAUGUAGUCGGAAGUGCUGUGGGAUUCUGCUUUGGGCAGCACCCACUGGUGAAAGUGCCAAGUUGGUUUUGCUUCAGGAAGUGUUAAAGCUGCUGAGAUGGGCUACUGUGUUUGGCGCUUGGUUCUCUGAUGUGGACCUUUCCUUGAGUUCAUCUGUAAGGACUUAGACACUUUAACAUUACUUUCCUUAAAACAUCAGCAAAAUUAUGUCACUCUGAAAGGUUUUGUAUUUAUUUGUAUGUCCCUGUUGUAAAUUUUUAUGUAGCUAAUUUCUUUGUCUAAUGACGCAUCAUGAAACUUGAAGAUUUCCAGAUGUAACCAAUUUAUAAAUAACACAUACACAUUCAGCCUAGCUUUUUUUUAAAAAAACAAUAGAAAAAAACCCACAACAACCCCUCCCAAAACACUGACCUCUAUGAGGUAUUUAUUGUGCAAUAACUGAUCCACUUUAAGAGCUUGAAAUAACCAGUAAUGGUUUCCACUGCUGUUACUUAGUGCCACUUCAAAAGAAACAAUCCUGUUACACAAAUUGCUGUUAAUUCUUGAGGUGGUUACUAUUAGCAGAGUGGUAGAAUGACAUGAGGUUACUCUUAAAACUACUUAAAGUUCUGACACUGAAAGCCUUAUCUUUGUGUAGAAGACAACUUUUAACUAAUUUUAUUUGCUUCCUUGCUGUUUGCUCAUCCCUGUAUAGGAAAGUGCCUUAUUUAAGCACUGGGAUAUUUUUUUUGGUGUUGACUACUCGCAGUCAUACCAAGAGAAGUUCUGCUUCAUAUUAACCAAAAUGCAAUAAAAAUGCUAUCUUCUGAAAGCAAUUAGGAUUUUCAACUUGGAAUGCAUGAAUGACCUUGCUUAUAUUAUGGGGAAAAUGGAAAAAAACUCUUUUCCUUCUCCAUCCCUCACAGAGUGUAUUUUCAGUCAGCCUGGUGAAUAUACGAUUGUUCCAAUGGAGAAAAUUGGAAGUCAUUGGAGUUUUUAUGUGGCCAAAUAGACAUUUAGUGGAUAUGUAAUAUCCCUUUUGGCUGCGCUUGAACUCUCCUUUGCCUUUUCCAUCUACUAAAACUCUUCACACUAUGUCAAGGUCUUUAAUCAAAAAUAGUUUCAAAUAUUACAAUAUUAUAUGAAAAAGUUUAUAAAAUUUUAAAUUGUGUUAGGAAGACACACAAGGGCUGAUUUCUUUAAAAAAGUGUAUAUUAAACCAAUAAAAUAUUUAUUUUGCCUAUAA